GAGUUUAUUUCUACACAUGUCACUCAGACCCAAGGUCAUUGAUUUUCCAACAGCAUUUGCUUCCUUUCAAGCAGGGUUACAGGAAAUGUUCUUGUUGUCGAAUAAUCAUGUACAAGGCAUGGAUAUGUAUCAGAUUGUAUAUGACAUAUGCACUGCACGACCCAAACCAUUUGUUGAAGAGUUGCUUCAAGGAAUUGUUCAGUAUCUACUUGGUCAUACUGUGAGGUUGAAACAGUUGAUUUUAGAGCAUGAGGAUAUUGUGUCGGCAUACUCGGCAGAAUGGGAGCAAUACUACACUGCAUCCUAUUAUGCCGAUCGUGUCUGCGAUUUCUUGAACCGCCAUUCGCAGAAGCGUGCUGCAUCACACACAUCAGUUCAAGCUCAAAAGAUAUUUAACCUCACUGUUCAAGGACAUGCCUAUCUGAUAUGGAAACAAAAUAUCCUGUCAUCUAUCAAGCGCAACCACGCAAAUGCCUUGGUGGAACAGAUGUUGACCAUGCUUCGACGCGAACGUGAUGGCGAAGCACCCCCUUCAAAUGCCAUCCGAUCAGCCGUCAACUCCUUCAUUUUGGUUAAUACUCAGUCUGAUAUGCAUCUGCAGCUGUAUACAGAGGAGUUUGAAAUUCCCUACAUCGACAGUAUCACGUCAUAUUACAAAAAUGAGUCUACUGCUGCCAUGUCUUCCUUGUCCAUUUCUGACUUUAUGAUCAAGGCUAUAUAUAGACUUGAUGAAGAAGCCGAGAGAUCAAAGCGAUAUUGCCAUUACUCAUCAUUGCCCAGAGCGUCAUUUGCGUGUGUCUCGGAGUAUGUCAGUGCACAUCAGUCAAAAAUACAUAGCGAUUUUGAAAAUAUGAUCAUUGAGGGACGAUUUGAAGAUUGCACACGAGCAUAUAUACUGCUAAGCAAAGUCGAGGGUGGCAUCAACAGGAUCAUUAAGGAAUUCGAAAAGUUUGUGACAAAACAGGGAAAAGACGCCAUGUCACCAUUUGCAGCAUCUAUUCUCAAAGACCCUAGAAAAUAUGUAGAUACUAUGAUUGAAACACAUUCGCGACUGAUGAAGCUUGCUGUGGAUGUUUUUAAAGGUGAUUCGGUGUUUAUUGCAGAAAUAGACAAGGCAUUUAGAGACAUUGUCAACACCCGUGAGUUUGGAAAGGACAAUUUGGCACUUGAAGCAUUUGCCCGGUAUUGCGAUCUUUUUUUGAAAAAAACGCCGAAAUCUACGUUGGGAGAUGUUGAUGUUGAUGAAAGACUAGGGAAAAUGGCAAAUAUAUUUCAAAAGUUUUACUCUCGUGCCCUUGCAAAACGAUUGAUUAAUUCAGCCUCAGUAUCUAGCGAUUCAGAAAGGGCCAUGAUUUUACGGCUCAAAGAUGCAUGUGGCUACGAAUAUACUUGCAAGCUUCAGCGAAUGUUUACAGAUAUAUCAUUAAGUGAAGAUAUCAAUGAUAGGUUUAAAUCGGACUUGGAUGCCAAGUCGCGAAAAUUGGGUAUUGAUUUUCAGAUUUUUGUAUUAACAGCUGGAUCCUGGCCAUUGACUGCUGGCGUGUUCCCAGAUUUCCAGUUGCCUGUUGAGUUUGAAAAUCCCACCAUAGAGUUUCUUUCAUUCUAUAAUAGCAUUUUUAGCGGCAGAAAGCUUUCAUGGCUUCACCACUUGUCAAAAGCGGAUGUAAAGCUGAAUUUCACAGAUAAACGAUACGAACUUAACAUAUCGAUGCAUUAUUUGGCUGUGCUACUGCUGUUUAAUGACUCGCUGUCAUUAACAGUAGGAGAAUGCGAGCAGCUUACAAAGAUUAAGCUGGCAGAGAUUUUUAAAACUAUUAAAGUGUUUGCGGACAUGAAACUAUUGCUGGUUGACAACGACAAGAUCGAUUCAUUAAGCGUAGAUACGGUAGUUACUCUCAAUACAAUGUUCACCAGCAAACGACUUAGAAUCAAAGUGACGUCUGGACCAACACCCACAGAACAAAGGCAUGAGUUGGAUACUACCCGCAAGGCAGUUGAUGAAGACCGCAGACAUUUUCUCCAGGCCACAAUUGUACGGAUUAUGAAAGCACGUACAAAACUCUCUCAUUCUGGGUUGAUUCAAGAAGUUAUGGAGCAGUCGAAAUCAAGAUUUACACCCUCGACCAUUUUAAUCAAACGAUGCAUCGAGCAAUUGAUUGAAAAACAGUUUUUGGAUCGGUCUGAACGGGAUCAAUAUAUCUAUGUGACUUGA